CUGUGCUGUGGUCUGCAAUAUAUUUUGUUAAAAUAAUACAAUAUUUAUAAUUUAAGUUUAUUUAAUAAUACAGUACAAAUUUACGAAGAAAUACAUCGGCAUUGACGUGAGAAAGUAACAUUUAGAUACCAAUAUGGCACGUGGGAAAGAUAAAAAGAAACGUAAAUUAGAGAAAAAGCAAGAAGGAGAAGAUGUUCCAAAGAAGGUACCGCAUACGUUGGAAUCUCUUCGAGAAAAAGAUGAGACUAUGCUCGCAAAUGUGGAGGCUGAGGAACAGGAAGAGGCACAAAAAGAUAUGGAACUUGACGAGCUAUCUACAUAUUAUGAAAAUUCAUAUGAGCCCAAAGUGCUAAUUACAUUUUCAGACAACCCACAUACUAAGACAAGGAUAUUUGGCAAAGAACUUACUAGAAUAAUACCUAACUCUAUAUCCCGAUAUAGACAGAGGUCAUCAGUAAAAAGAAUAGUGCAAUCGGCCAUCCGCGAGAGUGUAACAGAUGUGAUUAUAGUUAAUGAGAAUCAGAAACAACCAAAUGGAUUCCUUCUCAUUCACCUUCCCAAUGGACCCACAGCACAUUUUAGACUGUCCAGUUGCAAGAUCACACCGGAAUUACGCAAGGAUUUUAAAGAAAUUACUAUUCAUAGGCCUGAGGUGAUCCUGAACAACUUUAGCACGCGUCUGGGUAUGACUGUGGGCCGGAUGCUGGGCGCGCUGUUCCACUAUGAACCUCAGUUCCGCGGACGCCGCGCAGUCACAUUUCAUAACCAACGCGACUAUAUAUUCUUCAGGCAUCAUAGAUAUGAAUUCACAUCAGACGGCAAACGAGCGAAGCUCCGCGAACUCGGCCCUCGGUUUACUUUGAAACUCAUCUCGCUGCAGCAGGGUACCUUUGAUUCCAAACACGGUGAUUACGAAUGGAUCAUAGCCGGCAGGCGCCACCAGAUGGAAACCACCAGGAGGAGGUUCUUCUUAUAGUAACACGAAAUUUAAAUAAAGUACAUUUU